AUGGAAUUUAUUAAAAUAUGGACAAAGGCAAACAACCUUGAAUCAACAAAAGUAAAAGUAGCGUCGAAUGCUGAUAUCGAUGAUAUCAAAGAGGAGAUCUUUGGUAAAGAAAAGAACAAGUAUUAUGCAAUGUAUAAGAAUCAAAAGCUGACACCAUCCACCCCGGCUCCCACUGAUACUACGGAUGCUAAACCAAUUAUAUUUUUGAAAAUUCAUCAAGGCGAUGAACCAGGUCCAGGGAAACCAAUAUUCUCUCCGCCUGGUUCUCACCAAGAGCUCUGGUGCAAGGGUCGUCCUUGCUUCGAUUGCGGUAGAUGUCGUGACUGGUGCUAUACUGGAGAUUUUGAAAGCUGGCAUUGGAUUCGAAAUUGCAAAAACUGGGAGCGAGACGAUUGGAAGCGUUAUCGCGAUGAUCAUUUUUAUAAACGGUUUCAGAAGUGGCAGGAUGCAACUUGCACCUUCACUCACAACGAUGAUCAUGAAAGCACUUCUGUGCGAUGCUUUUUUGACUUUGGCUCUUAUAACGGAGAUUACCAUAACUAUUUUCAUCAUCUUAUUGAUCUUGACCAUUUUGAUCGUAGGUAUGGUUAUGUCGAUAUCCGUUUCGAUCCUGCUCAUGGCUUUGGCAUGUAUGAUCGUCACAGUGACACUUUCUAUGAAUACAAUACGAUGAAGGGUGUUGAUGAUAGCUAUACUACGGCCAGUGUGUGUGGCUUCGACUUCGAAAUCUGUUUGUGUUUAAAUAACAAGGCUUAG